AUAUAUUGAUACGGCUAAUGCUUUGGAGCAAGAAACUAAACUGGGAUUACGACACUUUGAAGUUUGUGACAACGUUGAUCUUGAAACUAUUUUAAUGGAAUAUGAAAGCUAUUAUUUUAUAAAAUUUCAGAAGUACCCCAAAAUUGUCAAAAAGGCAUCAGAUACAGCAGGAAAUAAUUUACCACAAAGAAGUGGAGGGAAGACCCGAAGGGUGAUGAGCAACAGUAGUCAAAAUCUUCCCAAGAUUAAUCAACAGAGGCCACGGUCCAAAACCACACCUGGGAAGUCGGGGGACACCAGAUCUCUCAAUAAGGAGCAUGCUAAACAGGAGGUUAAUAACACCUACCAGGAGAGUGCUGACUUUGGCUUAAAUAUAUCAAAAAUCAACAAAGACAGCAGAGAGGAAGAUACUCACCCACGAAGAGGCCAAAUCAUUGAUUUCAGAGGGCUGAUCACAGAUGCUAUCAAAGGAGAAGCCAGUGAACUUUCCUUGAACACCUUCAACUGUAACCCAGACCCUUCAGAACGAUUGCUGAAACCUCUGAGUGCAUUUAUUGGUAUGAACAGUGAGAUGCGAGAAUUGGCAACGGUUGUGAGUCGGGACAUUUAUCUCCAUAAUCCAAACAUAAAGUGGAAUGACAUUAUUGGACUUGAUGCAGCCAAGCAGUUAGUCAAAGAAGCUGUUGUAUAUCCUAUAAGGUAUCCACAGCUAUUUACAGGAAUUCUUUCUCCCUGGAAAGGACUACUGCUGUACGGCCCUCCAGGUACUGGAAAGACUUUACUGGCCAAAGCUGUGGCCACUGAAUGCAAAACAACCUUCUUUAACAUUUCUGCAUCCACUAUUGUCAGCAAAUGGAGAGGGGAUUCAGAAAAACUUGUUCGGGUGCUAUUUGAACUUGCCCGCUAUCACGCGCCUUCCACAAUCUUCCUGGACGAGCUGGAGUCAGUGAUGAGUCAGAGAGGCAUGGCUCCUGGAGGAGAACAUGAAGGAAGUCUUCGGAUGAAGACAGAGUUACUGGUGCAGAUGGAUGGGCUGGCACGCUCAGACGAUCUGGUGUUUGUCUUAGCAGCCUCUAACCUGCCAUGGGAGCUGGACUGUGCCAUGUUACGCCGCCUGGAAAAGAGGAUUCUGGUUGGUCUCCCCAGCCAGGAGGCCAGGCAGGCCAUGAUCCACCACUGGUUGCCCCCUGUGAGCAAAAGCACAGCCCUGGAGCUGCGCACAGACCUGGACUACAGUGUGCUGAGCCAGGAAACUGAGGGCUACUCGGGCUCAGACAUUAAGCUGGUCUGCAGGGAGGCAGCCAUGAGGCCUGUGAGGAAGAUCUUCAGCAUGCUUGAAAAUCACCAGUCAGAGAGCAGCAAUUUACCUGGGAUGCACUUGGAUACAGUGACCACUGCCGACUUUUUGGAUGUGCUAGCUCACACCAAACCUUCAGCAAAGAACAUGACUCAGAGAUACUCAGCCUGGCAAAGAGAGUUCGAGUCUGUUUGAAAUCACAUUCACCCUGACCUGGCCACUAAGAAGAAAGGGAGGAGCUUUUCAGAGGUCCCCAAGUUUAUUUGUGUGAGUGAGAAAAGAACUUAAUGAGUGGAAUGGAAAACAGAAAGUUAUUCUUAAAGACUGGAUUAAUUUCAACAACUGUGUUCUUUGGGACUCUGAGAUAUUUUCAUUAAUUUAUCAUUAUUGAAGUCAGCAGAACGGUGAAGAUUUCAACUACAUACAUGUAUGUGUGCUGUUAGGUCAGACAAUGGAAAUUUUCCUUACAAUUAGAUUUCAUAAAAUUUUCAUGAAUAAUUUCCCGCAAUAUUCCUCGUUUGUGAACUUUAGGAGGAAAAGCUGUAGUUAGAAAAGUUGUGUUGGCCAUGCACAGGUUGGGGCUGACUUGGGGCAACAGCUAUCGGUUAAGCUUGACAGACUGACCAGGCAACAGUUUAAAAGUGGUUAAGGGAGGCGCAGUGGAGGGAAUGUGUCUGCCUCUCUUUCAUUCUUGACAAUAUUCUGAAUCACAUCAGCUCCCCUAAUUCUGACCCCCACCAGCCUCAGCAGCUCCCCGAAUUCUGACCCCAACCAGCAACCCCCAACCAAAAUAGUCCCGCUUAGAAGUGUCACAGAGUAUGUUGAUUUCAGAGCUAAUAGCAGGGGUGACUACACACUAUCACCACCAGCUCCGCACCUGAGGGUUUGGAGUUCUGACCCCCAAGUGUCUUUCGACACUUUGCACAUCUCACACUCAGUGUGCUAUGCCCUUCUCUUUCCAUUGCCACACCCUUGUCUGAGGCUGAGUGCUGUAUUUGCUUCAGAUGCUAAGCAGGGUCUCCGUAUGGGGCACCUGAGCUUCUAGAGUCUUCCCUGUUCUCAGGCUCCCCCCUUUCUUAUGUAGUUAUAAGCAGUUUAGAAGUGUCUCCCUCAGAAACCCACAAUCCGAGGCAUCUGCUUUCAACUCCUGAUACAUGUUAAGGCUUCCACUAAGUAACGCCACUUCUCUCUUAAACUAGAUCUCAUCAUACCUGUGGAAAAUUAUCUAUUCUUUUUCUUGCCUUGUUUUCUUCACCCCUGUAGGCAGAUUCCUCCAGAGGGUAGAAACUUCCAGGAAAGGGGGCAUUUUUGAUAGCUAAGUAUUGCAAAGGAUUUUACCCUUUUAAGCAAAAGCAAAGCACUUUUUUGGUAUUGUUUUGAGUGGAUUAUUCUAAAAUGUCAUUUUGUGGAAAACGUAGCACACUGAAAAUAUACCUUAUACAACAAAUUUAAAAUAGAAAAGAUUUCAGUUUAAGCUGGAAUUAGACUUCUUCAUGAGCAUAAGUCCUCGACUCUGCAGAUCCAUCAGGUGCCCAUCAGCAUUCUUUUCCAAAUGGCCAAACGUACCAGAUAAGCUUUCAACUCCCUCUAUCUCCACUCUGGUCCUGGUGUCCCAAGGGAGCAGGGACCAGAGGAGUACUGUAGAAUGAGCGUAUCCACACCUCAUUCCUGUUCCCAGCCCUGUGUUUCACUACGGCCCACCACCAUGCCCACUGUCCCUGAGGCCUUAAUCCCAUGGUUCCACUUUUCCAGAGAAUAAUGGAAAAAACCCACGCUUGCCUUGGCUAGGGAUGGUCAUUUGGCUGCUGUGGGUGGGGGCGAGUUUCUGGGGCUCCAGCUUUUAACCAGUUCCUCACUUUUCAACCCUCCCUGGCCCCUCACUUUCAACCUGCUACCUCUAAGCCUUGAGGAUGAAUUUGCACUGAUUUUAGUUAAAAACAUGCCUCCCACUUCCCACCUUCCAAAUUACUGUUAGUUUUUUGUCCACUGGCAGCUCCUCUACUAUCCUUUUGUGAGCUGUCCAUUGCGGCUCAUCCCUUCUUCAUUUCCUUACUCUUAGUGGGGCUUUUAGAAAAA